AUGAGUUCAAGCCUCGAAGCUAAGAUUGUUGUCCUUGGAGCACAGGGGGUGGGAAAGACUGCACUCGUGGAGAGAUACUGUACAAACACUUUCAACCCCGCAGCGGCUUCAACUAUCGGCGCGUCGUUCGUGACGAAGCGCGUCCUCGAUUCCACCUCCGAUACCAUAGUCAGAUUACAGAUAUGGGACACAGCCGGACAGGAGAGGUUUCGCAUCUCCACACUUUCCCCUCUUUGCCCUUACAGUCUGCCUCGACAUUUUGCCUAUUACAUGCGCAACAUCACCGAUCAAAACAGUUUCCAAGAAAUGGCGGGCUGGCUGCGCGAACUCCGCAAAAACAUCACACCCAGCGACGACGGCACAGACUCCCUCAUAAUCCACGUCGUAGGUACAAAGUCCGACAUUGUCGCCGAUGACCCUUCCCGCCGCCGCGUUCCUUUUGAGCGCACCAUCGCCUACGUCGCCGAACAACUCUACCCAACCCAAGCCUCCACCCCACCACCGACCGCAACAGCAGGCAUGGGCGGCCUAGGCUUUGGGACGUCCGUGUUUGGAGGUACUAGUGGUGGUAGUAACGCCAGCGCCAGCGCUGCAGCACUCUCAUCAAAUGCCCUGCAGAGUCCGGACUCGAAGCGUAGUUCGGCAUUCUGGGGACAGGAGAUUGGUUGGGAUUGCUGUCAUGAGAUCAGCGCGCGGGAUGGCGAAGGAAUCGAUGAGGUUUUUCGCGUUAUCACGCGUAAGCUGGUCGAGCAGCGUAAUCGACGUGAUACCGAGCUGGCUUUGUCGAUUGGUAGUGCGUCCAUAGCGAAUGGGGUUGCUGGGGUUUUUAGUCCCGGGAUCGUGGAGGGUACUGGGAGUUUUCGGCUCGGUCUUGGUGAUAAGAGGAGGAGCUGGCUGGGUUUAGCAGCAGCUGUUGAUGUAGAUGGUGCCGAGGAGGAGAGGGUCACGCAUGCCUCGCGUAAUAAGGGGCGCUGCUGUUGA